AUGAACCGUUUUGAAUGGCCCGACGAUAGUAGUUUAGAGGUUUUUGUGAACGCCAUUGAGUCCGAAGAAGCCGAAAGUUCCACGGCGCGGUCACGGGCGAAGCGUAAAGUCAUGAACCACAACCGUCGGACCGCUUCACAAAGGUUGCACCGCGACUACUUUUGUGGAGAACCAAAAUACGACGAUGAUUUUUUUGAAGAUAGGUAUCGUAUGUCUAAAAGACUAUUUUUAAAGAUCAUGCAUGAUCUUAAGUCGAGAUACGCGUAUUUUCAGGACUCAUAUGAUGCCUGGUUGGCCAAGAGUUUUACACCAAUACAGAAGUGCACAUCUACCAUACGGCAACUUGCAACCGGUAAUCCGCCAAAUGAGCACGACGAGUAUUUAGAGAUGGCCGGGAGAACAUCACGUGACUGUAUUCAAUUUUUUUCGGACAUUAUCGUUGACACUUAUAGCACCGAAUAUCUGAGUAACCCAACAACACAUGAUAUCCACCGUUUGUUUGAAGCACACGAAGAGAGGCACCACUUGCCUGGAAUGAUCGGUAGUCUAGAUUUUACACAUCUUGUUAGGAAGAUGUGUCCAAUGGAGUGGAGGGGUCAAUACAAAAGAGGUGAUCAUCAGUACCCCACUAUUAUGUUGGAAGCAACGGCGUCUCAGGAUUUAUGGAUAUGUGUAAAUGGGCGUACGUAUAAAUGUGGGUACUAUCUAGUCGAUGGCAUAUAUCUUACGUGGUCUACGUUUGUUAAAGCGUACAAAUACCCUACCGACUCGAAAGAAAAAAUGUUCAAAACGGCACAAGAGGCAGCUCGCAAAGAUAUUGAACUGGAAUUUGGUGUUCUCAAAGGAAAAUGGCAUAUCCUUGAUCGACCGUUUCGACAACAGUCACUAGAAACAAUGAGGAACUUGGUGUAUGCGUGUGUGAUUCUGCACAACAUGGUCAUUCAGGAUAGUGGUUGUGCGAUCUGCCCAGUUCAUAUAGGAGAUCCAGUCCUCCAGCCAAGUAGUCAUCAAGACCCCUUACCGGAGAUACAGAACGAGGAGAUACAUUUUUGUCUCCGGUAUGAUCUGACAGAGCAUCUAGCGGGACUAAACUUACCACACCUCCAGCCGAACGAUGAGUAG